UCAAAUAUUGGAAACAGAAAUGGAAACCCAGAUUAAAAAAACGAAUUUAAAUUAAUAUUAGUGUCCUGUACCCGGCUUGCGAUUAUUGUUUUGAUUAUUUAUUUAUAAAUCGAUCAUAUGAUGAACUUUAUAUACUUGUGUAACUAUAACGAUUGUUAAGAUCUUAUGUUCAAAAUCAUGUCUUUGGAAAACAGAUCGAUACCUACAAGUACUUUUGUCUAUUGGUCUUCCUUAAUCUCUGGAGGAAUCGCUGGGUUAGUAGUAGAUAUUGUACUUUUUCCGAUUGACACUAUUAAAACACGUUUACAAAGUGAGCGCGGGUUUCUUAGAUCCGGAGGAUUUCAAGGUGUCUACAAAGGCCUUGCUCCAGCAGCAGCGGGCAGUGCCCCAACGGCUGCCCUGUUUUUUUGUACAUAUGACGGGCUGAAAUCUCACCUCAAUCGAUGGGCCAGCCAUGGUCAACAACCAUACGUGCAUAUGAUUUCAGCUGCCAGUGCUGAAGUUGUUGCGUGCCUUAUUCGUGUACCGAUUGAAAUAGCUAAGCAACGCAGGCAAGCUCUCUCAGUAAAACAUGGUACAUCGUCGCUGGAAAUUUGGUACCAUGCUGUGAGAACGGAGGGUAUCCGACGAGGGCUAUAUCGGGGAUUCGGUACAACAAUCAUGCGUGAAGUCCCCUUCUCAUUUAUUCAGUUUCCACUGUGGGAAUAUUUGAAGCUUAACUGGACCUUAGUGACAGGAACAAGUCUUACUCCGUUUUCGGUAGCAAUUUGCGGAGCGAUUGCCGGUGGAAUAGCAGCGGGUCUAACUACACCUUUAGAUGUCGCGAAAACACGAAUCAUGCUUGCGGACGAGCACAUAGCAAACAGGUCGAAUAUAUUAAGCGUCUUGCGCGGAAUACGGAGAGAGCAAGGAUUUAGAGGACUAUUUGCUGGAUUUGUUCCGCGUGUUUUAUGGAUUACUUUAGGAGGUGCCAUAUUUUUUGGAUUCUACGAUCUUACAUCUAGGUUACUAAAUUCGGAAGAAUCCAAUUGACUCACACUUUUCUAAUUAACAGAAAUGUAUUUAAUAAGUUGAUUACACUAGAAAAAAUAUAGACAAUA